GCGAAUCGAUCCUCAUCACUCCCAAAAAGAAAAAUCGGAACUUGAUCAACCAAAAGCGGCAAAACCCCACCGGACGAUACCACAAACACCACCCACGGCCGGCCCCGAAGUGGUAGAAUCGUCGGCGGAGCCGGAGGCAGCCUUCUUGGUGAGCGGAAAUGGCGAUGGGGAGGACGCUGCCGCAGCUCCGGUCUCUCCUCGCGCAGCAAGCCCUCCGCACCGCCACUCCUAAACCCAGAACCCUGCCCAUCCCCCACAGCCGCUUCCUCCACAGCUCCUCCCCGCCGGCAGCCGCAUCCCGCUCCCCGCUGUCCCACUUCCCGUGGCGCAGCGCCGGCACGCUCCUGCCGGUGAGCGCAGCGGCCGUUGCAGCGGCCGCCCGCGCCGCUGCCAAGCGGUGGCUGGCCGCGCGCGCCGCCGGGUCGCUCGAGCUCUUCUCGAUGCAGCGAAAGGGAUCCUCCCGAUGCCCCCCUUCAUCGUCCACACCCCCCCGCCGCGGUCUCUGGGCGCGCUUCGUUCCAUCGGCGGACGGGGCGGUGCUGAUGCUCAUGGUGGCGAAUGUGGCCGUGUACAUGCUCUGGCAGAAGGCCGAUCCGGGUUUCAUGAGGGAUCAUUUUACGAUUUCGCUGGAGAAUCUCCGCAGCGGGAGGUUGCACACGCUGCUCACCAGCGCCUUCAGCCACGCGGAGCCACGGCACCUCUUCAGCAAUAUGAUGUUUCUCUUCUUCUUCGGUUCAACCAUUUCUAGCAGUUUUGGUCCUGCUUUUCUAUCGAAGUUGUACAUAGCAGGCGCGCUUGUUGGAUCCACAUUCUACUUGGUAGAAAAAGCUUUUGCAGGUCCAGGCAAACAGGGUCAUGUAGAGGGGGACAGUUCAAGAACUUCUGGCCUUGGUGCAAGUGCCGCAGUUAAUGCCAUUUUCUUUCUUUACACAUUUCUCAAUCCAAAGGGACGAGUCUAUCUGUACUUCCUCGUUCCUGUUCCAGCUGCCGCAUUGGGGGUUUGUUGGAUUGCUCUUGAUUUGUUGAGGGUCCGAGAGGGUGAAAGGCGUGCAUCAGGUUUCUUUCAUUUCGGGGGUACUGUAGUCGCUGCCCUUGCGUGGGCUCGACUCAGGAAGGGCUGGAUCUGAUCAUACAGCUUGUCCAUGGAGCAAAUCCGGCCGCCUUCUCCCAGCUGCUGGCCUCUCCAAUUAUUAUGUGACGAAGUUCGUGUGGGUAGAGGAAUGACCCAUCUACCUAUCAUCCAAGUAUCUGAUCUAGAAGUCCUCGAACAAAUUCUAGGUAGCAUCAGGCAGAUAUUGCCUACUGCUUGUCAGAAAUGUUGAAACCUAUUCUGGCAGGAGCCAUCCUUGAACUUAUCACAACUAGAAUUGCAAUAUCAGUUGCUAUUACUUUGCUAGGCCAAA